AUGAGCAGUGAGAGAAGGGAAAAGCUCUUUCGUCCCCCCGAGAAAAUCAACUCUCUGUUUCCCACGGAUCUGGAGGCCGAGGACGACGGGGCUCCUAGACCUUCUUCUUCUUCGUCUCGAAUCAAGACUACUCCCGCUCCCGAGAGCACCAAGAAACAGACGGCAGGCAAGGCAGCUUGUCGUGCUGGAUAUGGUAUUGUCGCUGGACAGAAACGCGCGGCUUCUGAUGCCCACCCAGGGACCCCUCCCGUUCCCGCAAAGAAAAAUGGUAAGGGUAAGGCUAAAGAGAACGUGGGAAUGGAUGCGGGAGAAAACAGCCCCGAUAAUCCCAUCAACAAGCUCCUAAAUGAGCCUCAGAAUUCGCAGCCAAGCGCCCCAGGAAAAUCCUCUGGAGGAAAAUCUCCGGCAAAGGCCCCAAAGGAGUCAGCCGCUACCCAGGAGUCCUCUGCGCAGCCUACCCCUAAGAAACAGAGGACCAUAAGGGGCCCCCCGGCAGGUUCUAGCCCCCUCGAAAGGUCCAGAUAUUGGGUGAAGCAUGUGGAAAAUGUGCUGGAGAUGUAUCUUCGGCAUCAUCCUAAAGACUAUGGUUUGGAACCAGUGAUUCUUCAGAUACGCUACUACAGAGAACUCGUCAACGAGGGCCAAGAGCUCACUCUCGCCCAGAUGGAGAAAUGCCGAGACACUGCUCGUCAGGUCGACCGACGAGUUGUCGUAGUCGAAGCCGAAUACUUCGCUGGCCAGGCAACUGAGAACCAACGUCAGCGCAAACAGCAGGGUGUUGUUUUCGAUGGUCUUCAGUGUUUGAAGGCCAAUCCGGCCAACGUAUCCAAGGUGGCAGAUAUCCAGGAAGGGGACUCCAACAAGGUUGAUGCCGUCCUAACCCCAGCUGAACGACAGGCGAGGAAUCUAGAGGCCACUCUAGCCAGACCUCCGGCCGCCAAGGGCAUCCUGAGCGACCAGUAUAUUAAGAAAAAGGCGAGGGUUAGCGGUAAAAAGGUUGCGGUGAAGACUGAUACCUCCGGGCCUCUGGCCAGCCCUGUCGAGAACCAGUCCAGUAACAGCCCCGCUGUCGGUACACCCUCUGUCCCCACCCAGUUCAAUCCAGAUAUAACUGAGGAAUGCUCGGAGAUUAAGCCUGAGAUGCCGGACGAUUUUGGAGAGGGCAAGUUUGAGCUGGAUAACUCCUGGUGUGAUGCUAGAGGCAUGGACUUCAUGGGCAACGACGCUUUCGAAACUGUUCCUGGGGCGACGGAGAAAGCGUAA